CUACAUCCUGCCCUUACGCCUUCUGCAAAGAUCUCCUCACCUUCCGACCGUCACAAUGACCCUCGAGAUCACACCAAUCACCCUCCCCAAUUCCAAGCAACUCUACCUCGAAAAUGCACGAGGCGAAAAACACCUGAUCCAGAUAUCCUGGCCUCUACACUGGACAGACGAGCAGCCCCCAGCAGACAGCGGCCCACUGCCUAUCCUAUACAUCGUCGACGGCAACGCCCUCUUCCUGACCGCGACCGAGGCCGCAUGGCGCCGGGCGGUCAUGUCCGACUUCACCGGCGGCGGGCUCAUCGUUGCGAUCGGCUAUCCACUGAAGGGGACGGGGAACGUGUACGACUUCCACCGCCGCAGCCGGGACUUGACCCCGCCCACCUCCGACCCUGCCGUCCCCGAGCACGGCGGGGCGGACGAGUUCCUGACCUUCCUCACGGACACCGUCCGCCCCGCGGUACGCGCCGCGUUCCUGCGGGUCACGUGCGCCCGCGACGCCCUCUACGGCCACUCCUACGGCGGGCUGUUCGCGCUGCAUGCGCUGUUCACGCGGCCGGACGCGUUCGAUUGCUAUCUGGCGAGUAGUCCGUCAAUCUGGUGGAAUGGGCGGUGGAUUCUGGAGGAGGCUAGAGGGUUUUUGGAGAAGGCGAAGCGUGAGCGGGUGCCGCCGGCACUGAUGAUGUUUGUGGGGUCGUGGGAGCAGGAUCCCCCGCGGCGGAGGGGGGAGUCGGAUGAUGAGCACGAGGAGCGCAGGCGGACGGCCGCGCAUUGGCGGAUGGGGGACAAUGCGUUCGAGCUCGCUGAAAUGCUGCGCGACUCUCCCGCGGUGCAUGCGGUGCCGGUGCGGCUGUACGAGGGCGAGGAGCACACCAGUGUCAUGGCUUGCUCUUUGAAUCGGGGGUUGACGGCGUUUUUCGAGGGUUGGCCGUUCGCGCGGUAGAUGCUAAAUCUGUAUUGUGGAUCGUGUUGUGCGCUUCUUCGUGCGAGACUGCCGAUGAACGACUCCGGGUUGGACUGUCGGGUCGGGACUAGUGGAUUGUGGGUGUGGGGGGACCAGCUCGGUGAUAAGGACUUUGGAGCGAGGUUGUUU